AUGUUACCGACAUCUACGGGACACCAUUUAUCUUCGCGCACAUCUUUCCGCAUCGAUGACAUUCUGCCGCCGAAGGAGCUAACCGUACCCGAGGGCAACCUGGCGCAACAGAGCUUCUUGCAGGGAUUACAGCGCACCGCGUUGUCCAGCGGCUUUACUAAUUCCCUCAAUUUAUGCCCCACGGGUCAUCCACCGUAUUCCAACUUGUGGUUGCAAAAUUUCCCCAAUAAUGCGGCUUACCACAGGUGGUUAUAUGCCGGGAAUCGGCCGGAAGGCGCAGCGUCACUGGUCAUCCCGACGCCAGGGGACAUGGCCAAUAUCAAGCAGUGCCGACGGAGAAAGGCCCGCACCGUAUUUAGCGAUCACCAGCUGAACGGUUUGGAGAAGCGUUUCGAAUCCCAACGGUACCUGUCAACUCCCGAAAGGGUUGAGUUGGCCAACAGUCUAAGUUUAUCGGAAACACAAGUUAAAACGUGGUUUCAAAAUCGCCGAAUGAAGCACAAGAAGCUAUUAAGAAAGCAGAAAGAAGAAGCGGCCGCAGGACGACCAGUCGGCGUCCUGCCCAUUCCAGUGAAAACCGAAAAAGAAGACCAUCAUCAUCCUGGUGCAUUAUCUGGCAUGGUAGUUCGGGCGUAUUCUUCUUCGAGUUCGGAUGUUUCGGAUAUUUCCACCGGACACUCAUCAAAUUAGUUUUACAAAGGGUCGUUAGCAUCCUGUGUGGCUGUUAACGCAGUUCACUCAAAACUGGUUAUUAACUGAAUGAUUUCGUUACAAGAACAGGACACCAGUCCGGUUUUUUGCCGCUAUGAUUGCUGAUAUUAUUAGCAAAAGUCGAAAUUCUAAUUCACGCAUAGUUUCCAUACACGGGUUUCUUUCA